AUGAAUCUACGACGAUUAUCUGCGUUUGCCAAUUUUAUAGGCUAUACAGAUAGUACCGAAAAUAAUAAUGAACUUAAUACUGAACAACGACGUCUUUCUGAUGGUCCCUAUCCUUUGCCACUUCGUCGGCCAUAUAGUUAUCAUUAUUACCAUCAUCCAGGUGAAUCCUCUAGUAAUGAAACGUACAUGUUAAAACGAAAAAAUUCUUCACUUAACAUGCUUUUGGAUUCAACAAGUUCAAUGAUGCGUACAGCAUCGACAACUGUUCAAUGCCUUCUGGGAUCAGCACGUCGUGCAUCAUAUUGUGGUCAACCAGAUCCAAGUGUACAACUUGCUCCAAAUGGUGUUAGUGGUUCACUUUUUUUACGUUCGACAACAGCAAAUUCAGAUGAAUCUUCAUCAUCAAAUACAUCAUUUGAUGAACAAAUACGUCGAGUAACUAUAUAUGAUGGUCGAAUUCCAUCAGCACCAAAAACACCUACGAUUCCUUUUGAACUUAUGACACCUCUUGAAGCCAUAACAAAAACAGUUGACGAUCCAAUUGAAUCUUUUGUUCAAAUUGUAUUAGAAAAACCAGACGAUAAACCGCCGAUAAUGCCACCUGUAGCAAUUUCACCAACACAUAUAAAUUCAUCAAAUCGACGUCGACAUCGAAGUAGUUCACCACGACUAAAACAAAUUGAUCCACGAGCAUCAGUUUCAAGUGAAAAUACAAUCUUACCAAAAUUAACACAACAUCAAUCAAUGCCAACGAGAGAUUUAUUUAAUUCAAAUGAAAAAUAUUGUCCGACACUUGCUGUUAUUGAACCAAUGGAUUUUUCUUUUCUUGAACCGGUACUACGUGGUGAAAGCGCUGCUCCACCACCACCGCCAUUACGAAAUCAUUCACUUUGUUUACUUAAUAAUAAGUUCAAUAAUACACGACAAAUUUCUCCGAAAAAUAGUUCACCCACAGAAGAUUCAGCUAUUGAUUUACAUACGUCAUCACCUUCUUCAUAUUCAUCAAAUCAUGUAACAACUAUUGAAGAUGACUUAACAUCACCAGAAUCCUUACCUGGUGAUGAUCACAAGUAUUAUCUUCCACGUUCAUCCCGUUCACCAGUGAGACCAUCUAUGGAUUAG